GCGACGGCGAUCGGCCGGACAACGUUAUAUACCAAACGGCUGCCGUACAGUCCGGUCGGUGCCGUCGCCGCGGGUUUACCGUCUGUAUUUGUUUCUCGUUGCAUAUUGUGAUCCUCGAGCAGAGCGUUUUCGUCGUCCGAGACUGCAGUCGUGUUCUCAGGAUUUUUCGAUAGUUUCCCGACGACCUGUCCCAGCGAAGUCUGCAUCUACGAAUUUUUUCCCCGGAAAUAGUCAGUGUGUUUUUUUUCGCCGCCACAUAGACCGGAAGUACCGCGAUCGCUAGUAAUACCGCACCGUCGACAUGAGACCGCCAAUCGAAGAAGAAAUCGAAGCCGCCGAGGUGGAAGUGGACGACGGCCAGCAGACCGCGGUCAUGUUGGUGUCCACCAGACUGGCCGGAAACGCGGUUAUCCGAGUGGUGAACCGGUGCAACGAGGCGCAAGAGAGCCACAACCUGGAUUUGUCCGAAUGUCAGCUGAUGCAGAUCCCUGACGCGAUAUACCUGCUCAUGCAAAACACGCAACUGGUCUCGUGCGAUUUGUCGAAUAACGUGAUUUCAAAACUACCAGUGAAAUUCACCGAACGAUUUCCGACCAUCACAGAAUUAAAUUUGUCUCAUAAUCAAAUCAGUAAGCUGCCAGAAAAACUAUCAGAAAUGAAGAACCUCAAAAAGUUGAACAUUUCAUACAACUCAUUCGUCGAGUUGCCAGAAUCGAUUGCUCAUUUACAAGAAUUAACUACUUUGAUUGCUAACAAUAAUUUUAUUAUUGAUGUAAAUGUUAGGACAUUGGAAUCAUGUUUGAAGAAUUUGGAAGAAGUUGAUCUCAAGGAUAAUCCACUUAACACUUCAACGGUGGAUGCACUGGAACAGGAAUUGCCUUUUAGGGUGAUGUUUACACCCCCGACCGACGAAGACUGGAGAGAUUUAGACAAUUGAUUAACAAACAAAACAUUUGACAAUACAGAAAUAUAUUUUUUAAUUAGCUAAUAAAAUGUUUUUAUUCAUUUUUAUCAUCGUUUUUUUUUCUUAUCAUUAUUUUUUGUAUAUAGUUUUCAGUGGCUUGUUCGCUCCGAAAUAACAAUUCAAAAUAAUUAUUACAUAAAAUAAAUUGGGUCCCUACCCUCAUAUCACUGCAUUUAUGCCAUCGUUUUUUUACACAUACAUAAUGUACAUUAGUUUUUUUGUAUUUACACACUGAAUAUUGUUAUAAUAUUGUUUGUAUACAAGCAUAACAAAUAAAUAAAUUAAAUACAAAUGAAACUAAAUAAGAGUGUUUUUGGUAGUAAAUAUAAUGUAGAUUAUUAUUAUUAUUAAGAUAUCUAUAGUUAAAUUUACAUUAUAUCGUACAAAAACCAAAGAGAUUAUAUUUGUACAAAAUGACAAAAAAAAAAUACAAGUUAUAAACGUUGCAAUGUAAUGUCGGUCGCAUGAACAUGUUAUUACCUAUAUUUUUAUAUUACUUACAUAAUAAUAAUAAAAAAAAAAAAAAAACACUGUUCUACUAUUUGUCUAUAAAGUAUUGAAAAACCUAUAGAAUAAUAAUUAUUUUGUCUUUUGUCAAAAAUUAUACUACCUAUCAUUUAUUCCUU